AUGGAGCAAACUGAAGGAAUUGGGAUCAAAAUCUACAAUGCAACCCCACAAGAUGAUGGCCAUGUGGCUGGAAACGACGUGCCGUUGCAAACGGAGUACAGAAGACCUUUUAGAACACUUCUCACAUUCGAGAUGGUCAUUCCCUCCACAUACCACAAUGGUGAAUGCACUCCAGUUAGCACUAUGAUGAUCCACGUCCAAUUAGUUUUGUGCUCUCUUUCGUGCUUAUUUUUCCACUUCACCGAUAGUUUUCACGGUCCGAACGGUAAAGUGUACUAUGGUUUUGUGACAAGUCAGAGUUUGGAGGUGUUCAAGCUUGGUGUCACAGUGGAAGUGCCCAAAGAGGAGAGAUUUACGCUUAGUUUCACAGACUGUGCAUGCAAUCAUAUCGGUGAUGAUGUCGAUAGUUGCAAAUCCGUUCCUGUAUUUCCGGGCUACGAGAAGGACAUGGACGAAGCGAUGGAGAGUUUUCCAUUAAUGACUGGGAUUGUUUAUAGUGAUUUGUUCUUUGUAUUUCCUAAUACUCGAUAUGGGAUUGGGUGCAUGGCUACAUGA